CACGCCCCCUCCCUCCCGCAAGGCCCAGCCCGGAUGCGCCCUUUCCCCGGCCUGGACCGAGGGUCACCAUGGGCAGUAAGAUGGCGGCCGCCACUAGGGUCGUUCAGGUAGUAAAGCCACAUACACCCUUGAUUAAGUUUCCAGACAGAACAAAUAUCCCCAAACCUAUAAUGCAGGAAUCUUUAGAAUCAAGGGUGCCUCCGCUCCAUCCUUCAGCCUCACAAAGGUCUCUAGGAGGUCAGCCGCCAUCCUAUCAAAAUAUUUCAUCCAUUAGUAGAGCACAAGGCACGCCAGACACUGCAGAACUAGUACGGACUUUACCUACAAAAUACCGGAGGAAACCUGUGUCAGUUGAAGAGAUGGAAUACAUCCAACGUGGAGGUCCGGAAUAAUACAGAAGACCAGACUAUUAGCUACUGCUGAACAACCAAUUAUUCUAUUCACAAUAAAGGCCUUUAUAAUUCUUUGGAUGUUAUAAAUGUCUGUAGGCAAAUAGCUUUGUUAAAGGCCUUUUUUUAUGAGGAAUGGAAAGGUGUAAAUGCCUGAAACAGUGUAUAUAUCCCAAAUAAGAAGACAGUUCUGGCUGAGUAUAUUUCUACUUUAUUGCCACCACACUAUUAAAAUUUAUUUUAUUAAUAUGCUCAGUACUAUAAUUUUUAAUAUCUCAUUGAGGCAAUAAGGAAGAAUCCAGGAUCUCUGAUAGCAAAAUUUCUUUUGCAUCUCAGCAGACUGCCAGUUUUCCUGUUUCCUCUUUUUUUGUAAUGCCUAUCUGGCUGUAAAAAGUGAGGUUUUUACCUCUGUUCUUCAGGUGGGUUGGUUUGGUGUCGUUUGGCAUAGUGGUUAAAGAGCGGUGGACUCUAAUCUGGAGAACCAGGUUUGAUUCCCCA